GAUGAUCUGCAGGAUCCUGCUGCUCAUCAUCCUCACCUCAUGUGUCUCUGGAUCAUUUGUAGUCAAUGUGACACAGACCUCCUAUCAGGCAGAGGAGAAGCACAACAUCACACUGGAGUGGACGUUCACCACCAAACCUGACAGAUCCUGGACCUACAUCUUCAUCCUCUGUAACCUGAUAACUGAGGAUAACGUCUCAGUCCUGUAUCAUGUUCUUGAAGGUGUUGAGGUGUCAGAGUCUCAGGAUGAAAAGUUUUCAGGACGAGUCCAGAGUGACAAAGACGCCCUCAGAGAAGGACGAAUCAGACUUCAGCUGUCCAGACUGAGGACUGAUGACUCGGGUCUGUACCUGUGUGAGGUCAACACUGAUUAUGGCUUCAGUGUUGGAAGAUGUCAACUCAACGUCACUGCAGUGCCAGAUUGUCCCGAAUGUGAGAGAAAACUGGACACAUCAAACACAGAAACUCAACAAUUCGCAGGUGUCUACUGUGGACUGUCAGCAGUUGUGCUACUUUUCGGCUGCUUUUCUUUCAUUUACUCUCUGCAUAGAAAACAGAAUUUUUACUCAAAGCUCAGUGAUGGAUGUCAGUCAGUUUCCAGAUGAUCGGUAGAAACAGUCUGACCAAUAAUGUGAAUGAGUGUUUAAUAAGACAUGUUUUACUUUAAGUGCUCUUUGCAAGCGAUACAUGUAAGGCUAGAAAUCUAAAAAUUCAGAGUCAAUCUUUUUUUAAAUGACAUUUAAAAUGUCAUUGUCAUGAAAUACAAGCUCUGAUGUAUUUCAGUAUACAAACCUUCAAAGUUGUAUUUUGCACAGGUGAUAUUAAACUGUCAAUGGUGAGACGUCCCUUUUCCCAGAGUUGAACACCAUAAAGGUAAGACUCAUAUAAGCUAAAAACUCCAAUAUUUAAAUGAAAUCUGUUUAACAUCCUGAUGGAUGUACUCAUGGGGGUUCAAAGCUGAUAAAAACUGCAUUUUAAUUGUUAUUUAACAGACAGUGCAUUAGGACACAUGCUGGCCAGAGAAUAAGUGUCAUGAUACACAAUAAUGGACAUCAAAUUGAUUUUUUUUAUCUUCGUUUUUUUGUUUGUUUAUUUGUUUAAGACACAUUAUCAAAUUGUCACUCAUCAGACAGAUGAUGAAAUGUGCACUGUGUUCACUUUACUGUAAUCACACAGGGAAACACCUCUACCUCACGCACCACGUGCAGCAGAUAUAAAUUCAGUGUUUAAUGUGUUUACUGUUGUAAUGUUGAAAGGAUUCAGAUUAAUUAUGUUAACAAUGAAGAUGAUCUGACGUGUUGUAAACUGUCAUGGAGUUGUGUGUAGCAAAGGACAUUAUACUUAAUAUUAUGUACAUAUUAUGUAAGUGCACACAACAAACAUCUCUACAGCUUCACUUAUAUCUGUGUUAAAGUUGGAGUUAAACACAGCUGGUAGAGCUCCUGUAGCUCUCAGUCUAAUGUACAAAAAUGCCUGUUCCAAAAUCUCCUGAAGUAAAGGUUUAAUGACUUAUUUUGUAAAAUGAA